AUGUCCAGAUGGUUCUCCAGCACAGCAGAUGAGUUAUCGACACGUUUGAGCAACCAAGAUUAUGUUAAUACAUUAACCUUUGGUCGUUCGAUCACGUGGCUCGCACGUAUAGGCAACGAGCUCGUCAUCCCUUCACCUUCUCAGCUUGCACUUCAUACACUCAAUUCAUCAAGGUCGGCCUACCAGUCUAUUACAUUUAAGCCGAAUUUCUUUGAUGUCUAUGGAAUUUCUGGAGCUCAAGUACAGUGCAGCACGCUUUUGAAGGUUGUUUGUUCUGUUCUUAGGACACCUAUUGCAAGUACCGAUCACUUGACUGUAAAAUUGGCUGAUCCGGAUGCAUCGAGAGUACAAUGGGCUUUGGAAAGCUAUAGUGAAAGUACUCAUUUGAUAUUCUGCUACAUUUUUCAUCCAACUUCAAAUAUGGUGGUAAAGUACAAAUUGCUAGGUAAUUUUCAAUCAUCACUUCAGGAAAUGACCAUCAUUGCAACAGAGCUGAUGUCUUUACCUUCUGAUGCUGCAAGUGAAAUCUGUGGAAAAGCUCUUGAGCUUAGAAGUUAUAUGGACCCAACAAAAGACAAUGAUUCCUUAUUGCGCACUCAACUGUGGAUAGAUCCUAUGGAGGAGUUUGUGCAGUAUACUCACACAGGAGAUCCUAUAGAUGUUCCUUUUAGUGUCAAGGAAUUGAAGUUAUCUAAUCUUGGCUCACAAAGCAUUCCUUACUUUUUGUGAAGGCUGCGAGGUUGACAUUCACUUAUUUUUUGACGUAGCAGCCGAGCUGAUAUUAGUGGCACCAAAUUUUGACUAGAUCAUGGAUCUGGCUCAAACUUUGAUGCUACACGUGUACUUGCGACCAUGCGUAUAUCACAGCUACAUGAAGGCAAUCCCUCUGAACCUAUACAAGCAGCUUCAACAGUGCAUGACCAGGCAAUGCAUGGGACAGGGUGUCAAGAACAGCAAGAGAGGUCUUGGGCAAACGUAUCUGAGCACCCAUCUGACCACACCUGAAUAUGGUCUGACCUAUCAGGAAGUGCGGCAAAAGGUGGUAGUGGGGUUGAAGAAAGGCAGGUUCAAAAACAGCAGAACUUGAAUGCUAGUGAACAGAGGGAUAUUCAAAAGAUUAGCAUGAUGCAGAUUACAAAAGCAUGGUAUUAUACUCCUCAGUUUGCCUUCCCUACUCUUCCUCUUCCAGCUGCUGCUACUGCUACUGCUAAUAUUAUGUUUUUUUCAAAACAUACCAAUCUGAUUAAAUGAUGCAAAGUCAAAAUGCAUGUGAAUCUUUAUUCUUCACCAUAUCGGAUCAUCAAUGUUUGUGUGUAUUCUGCUAGUAUUUAGUAGAAUAUUUGUUUUAAAAAUUUAACAUGUAUCAAAACAAGAUUUCUUUAACAAUCUUUCGAAGUCUAUUCGUAGAUUUCUUCGACAAUCUGUUUUUAGUUGAUCCAUGCCACGUAAGACAAAGAUGAUUUUAUAUGAGAUAUCUAUAUUAAAGGAUUCCUUAACCUCGCUCAGCAACUACUAAUAUAAAACAAUGUUGGGGUAAGCAAGACUGGAAGAGGAUCUCUCGGGGACCCCUUAUCUUCUGCUUGAGCAA